AUGAGCGCUGGCGGUAGCGACCUCGACAAAGCCAUUCAGCAACUCCGCGCAUGUCGACCUAUCCCUGAGAACCAAGUUCGAGAGCUAUGCUACAAAGCACGUGAGCUGCUUAUUGAAGAGGGCAACGUCGUGGCAGUCGAUGCGCCAGUAACGAUAUGCGGUGAUAUUCACGGACAGUUCCAUGAUCUCAUGGAGUUAUUCCGUGUUGGUGGAGACGUGCCAGACACAAACUAUCUCUUCAUGGGUGACUUUGUCGACCGCGGCUUUUACUCCCUCGAAUCCUUCCUCCUGCUUCUAUGCCUCAAAGUCCGAUAUCCAGACCGAAUAACACUCAUCAGAGGCAACCACGAAUCAAGACAAAUAACAACAGUGUACGGUUUCUAUGAUGAGUGCCUGCGGAAAUACGGAAGCGCAAACGUCUGGAGAUACUGCUGUGAAGUCUUCGACUACCUUGCUCUUGGAGCUCUUGUCCAAGGCGCUGCGACGUCCCUCCAAGCCACCGAUGGGCCCAUCGCAGAAUCCAGCAAUGCGGAAAAUAUGCCUGACAUUGACCAGGAUAUUGAGAUUGAGACUUUGAACGCAAGCGGCGAGGUCAUGUACCGCUACGCUCGCAACUCAGACUCCCACUCGAGCGCCGCAUCGCAAAUGAGCGGGAACUUGGGUUCGUCGUCGCCCGUCUCUCAAACUCCGGGACGCGUUGGCCCUGCAGGCACAGGCGCAACAUCCUCAGCCAACGGCUCUGCGCGCAACGAUACAGGCGCCAUCCUCUGUGUACACGGCGGUCUGUCACCCCUCGUUGAUUCAGUCGAUAAGAUCCGACUACUCGACCGAAAACAGGAAGUGCCCCACGAGGGGGCCAUGUGCGACCUCCUUUGGUCUGAUCCUGACGAGAUAGAUGGCUGGGGUCUAUCACCACGCGGCGCAGGUUUCUUGUUUGGUGCAGACAUUGUCAAGACUUUUAACCACAAGAACGAUCUUAGUCUUAUCGCAAGAGCCCACCAGCUCGUCAUGGAGGGAUUCAAGGAGAUGUUUGAUUCCACCAUUGUAACGGUUUGGUCGGCGCCCAACUACUGCUAUCGCUGCGGUAAUGUAGCCGCCAUCCUUGAGCUAGGCGAGGACGGUUCCAACGCCGGCUACCAGAGGAGAUCAAACGGAGAUAGAGGCGGAGGUGGUGGAGGCUGGGUUCUCGGCUCCAACGCUGGACCCAAUGGUGAGAGGCGCUUGAGCAAUAUGCUCAACGACAACUUCCAGAAGAACAGAGAUGGCCCAGGGCGAAGAUACCGCGUUUUUGAAGCCGCGCCCCAAGACUCUAGAGGUAUGCCGGCGAAGAAGCCCGUUGCGGACUACUUCCUCUAG